AUGUCCACCAACACGGAACCGGCAGCCAAAGAAAACGCGCACGACACGGCUGGUGAGGACCAUGAUGCGAGAGGUUCACGCAGCGGGCAUGAUACACUCAAAUACCAGCUCCUAGGGCCGUCCUUGACCAAAGCUGGUCAGGAUACAGUAGACCAACAAAAAGUAUCAGAGAUUAUAUACAAUGCUUCGAAAGGGUCAAAAUUCUUCAACCAUGAAAGGGCCCGUGAUCAGGUAUUGACAGAAAAGAUCCAGCGGAUACUAGCACAAAAGGCAAAGCUAGAAAAGCAGGACCUAUCCCACAGCAUUCGUCAAGCAGAUGAAUAUAUUGCGGACCUUGAAUUGCGCCGCGAUCUUUCGCAGUCUAUUGUACACAUUGACUGUGAUGCGUUCUUUGCGGCUGUCGAAGAACUGGACAGACCUGAGCUACGAGAUGUCCCAAUGGCCGUUGGUAAAGGCGUCCUAACGACCUGCAACUACCACGCCCGAAAGUUUGGAUGUCGAAGUGGUAUGGCUAGUUUUGUGGCGAAAAAGCUCUGUCCUCAGUUGAUCUGUUUACCUCAGAAUUAUGAGAAAUACAAUGCAAAAGCGCGAGAGAUCCGGGCUAUCCUGGCGAAUUAUGACCCAGAAUUUGAAAGCGCAAGUGUCGAUGAAGCUUAUAUCAAUAUCACCCAAUACUGCGCUGUCAAUGAUAUGGAUCCUCAGGUUGCAAUUAAACAGCUACGUGAUGAAGUAUCCGCUCAAACGGGGGUAACAGUUUCUGCUGGUAUUGCUGCUAAUGCCAAAAUCGCGAAAAUAACAUCAAAUUGGAAUAAACCCAACGGACAAUUCCAUGUCCCUAGUGAACGCACUGCAAUCAUGGAGUUCAUGGCCAAGAUUCCAGUUCGAAAGGUGAAUGGCAUCGGACGGGUAUUUGAGCGUGAACUCGGUGCCAUAGGGAUAACGACUUGUGGAGAUAUUUAUCAGUUCCGUGGCAUGUUAGCUCAACUGUUUGGGCAGAAGGCGUUUUGUUUCUUGAUGCACUGCGCCCUGGGCCUUGGAAGAACGCGAGUGCAGCCGGCUGGGACAUUUCAAAGGAAGAGUGUCGGCACAGAGCAUACUUUUGGAGACCUUGGCGAUCUUCUCCAACUCCAAGAGAAACUAAGGUCGACAGCAACCGAACUUGAGAACGAUUUACGGGCCGCAGAAGUGAAAGGCCGUACUCUUGUGCUGAAAGUGAAGCUUCAUACCUUUGAAGUCAUAUCUCGCCAAACCGUGGCCCCCAAACCUUUGUUGUUGGCUGACGAUCUCUACAAGUAUUCACUUCCCCUGUUGACAAAACUAUACAAAGAGCGGCCCCAGAUGAAAAUCCGCCUUAUGGGCCUUCGUUGCGCAAAUAUUGUCAGCACAAAAAAGGGAACAUUCAACUUCUUCAAUAGAAGCGAUCCUGCCCAGAUAUCACUCGUUAGUUCCGAGGCAGGCAACGAGGCGAUAUUGUCUAUGGAGGAGGAGUUUGAGGCGGCGGCGAGCCAGGAACGCAUGGAUGAUAUGGAGAGCCUGGAAAACCUGAGCCAGGAACUAGAGUCAAGGGACAAGACAUACCAAAAUGGAAACGAUAAGGAUCCUGAUGCCGCCGAGACGGGUAAAUUGGAGAAGUGGUUUUGCCCGAUUUGCUCGAUCCCACAGCCACCAGACCACACCCAGUUUAACCAACAUGUGGAUUAUUGUCUGUCAAGGGAGACUAUAAAAGAGAUCGUCCAGGGAACCCUGGGAUCGGAAGACAGCCCGUCUACUCAGUUAAACAAGAGAAAGGCCGUCGGUGAAGCAACCAGCGUCCGCAAACGUCCAUUUUUCAGCUAG